AUGGCAGCACCGCCAUCAUCCAUCUCAAUCUCCACCACCACUACCCAACCAAACACAGUCUCCACCUCCGCUCUCCGCUCUUUCUUCUCCCGCUUGUCCUCCUCCCUCCGUCAAUCCUUCUCCCAACGCCGCCCAUGGUACGAACUCAUCGAUCGCUCCACACUCUCUCGUCCGGAAUCCUUCUCGGAAGCCACCUCACGCAUCCGCAAAAACUUCUCUUACUUCCGUGUCAACUAUACUGCCCUUCUCGCUUUUGUAAUCGCCCUUUCUCUCCUCACCCAUCCCUUCUCUCUCCUCGUCCUCUUCUGCCUCCUCGCCGCCUGGAUAUUCUUCUACCUUUUCCGCCCCUCGGAUAACCCACUCGUCCUCUUCGGACGCACCUUCUCCGACCGUGAAACCCUAGUGCUCUUGGUCCUUUUCUCGAUUAUUGUUGUCUUCUUAACGAACGUAGGGUCGCUGAUGAUCUCUGCCCUUCUGAUCGGAUUAGCAAUUUUAUGUGUCCAUGGAGCAUUUAAGGCGCCAGAAGACCUCUUCCUGGAUGAUCAAGAACCGCCUAAUGCCGGAUUCCUUUCUUUCCUCGGCGGAGCUGCUUCAUCUGCUGCCGUUGCCGCUGCUCCCGCCGUCGCACGCGUUUGA